AUGAUCUGCUGAACACUAUAUGUAUGCUCACGCCUACACUGAACAGAUGAAAGUCCAGAUAAAUGAACAGAGAAGGUCCAACAGCUUUACAUAGCUUGUUUUGCUAGCCUAUUAAAGGUCGAAAUUCGAGUCGCACGAGUAUUUAAUCUGCACGAAGAUGCCUGAUUGCUUCAUAUGGCUGCAAGGGACGUCAUGAGUCCCUGCAAUGAGUUCAAAGUGACGCCCCAAAGAUUUAUCGUCACCACAUCCGUCUUGACGUGGCUUCUGGCCACCAUCAUCACUGUAGACGGGUUCACUCCGUACCGCUCAGCGGAACAAGUAGAAGGACACGGCCUCUUUGACCCCGGGUUCGGCUUGGGUCACGGGCUCUUCUGGCCGGGUUUCGACAGCGCUGACAUUGCCGGGCGACGCGGCGAGCUCGAGUCAACAGGAGGGGGAUGUCGAGUGCCGGUGACGCGAUUGGCGGCGGCGGCGUCGCCGCCACCGUUCGCGCCCUGGCUAGCUGGGUCCGGCUACAGCGCCAGCUCUACCAGCCGGGGAAAUUGCAAAUCGCCGAACAGCUGGUGGCGGCCUGGUGGCAACGCCAAGCGCCGACGAGUAUCAUUCAACGACGCGACGCUCGUGCUGGCGCCGGAGCUUCGGAAAAUCAUUGAGCCUGCUUGGAUCGAAAAGCUACUGCGGAGUGCGGAAACUUUCGGCGAAAAUGACGAAAAGCUCCCAGCCGGGAUGUUCCUCAACAAAGACGACCCACUGUUCACACAAACGAAGAACAAAGCACUGUUCCAGCAAGUCUUUCAGGCAGAGGCUGUUGCCAAUGGAGCCGUCGUCACAAGCCCGACGGAGAAGCACAAACCGGAGUCUGCCUUCGACCUCAGGAAAGUCCUGAGAUUACACUGGAGCGCAGUUGCCCGAGUCGUUGGACUUCCCCCAGGUGUUUUGGACGAGACAAUUUUCCGUCUUGCACUCAAAGAACAACGCGCGUCAGACCUGAGUCGGAACCGGGAACCAACCCCGGGCAUUGAUCAGAUUCUCAACCUGCCCGCGGGUAGCAUCGCCAAAUUGCUGCACAGUGACCCCAAGAAACCCGACGCCGAUGCAAAAUACCAACCACGCCUGUUGCCGAAACCUCCGAGGCCAAAGCCUGCCUUCGUUUCAAGACAUUUCCCGGCUGUUGACCUGAGCCAACUGGACCCGAAGGAAGCGUUUCAUUGGGCCUUCAGCGCUGGCAGGAAACCCCCAAUGAUUUUCGACGCCAUCGUUCGGAAUGUCCCGACAAAAUACUUCGCUGCCAUACAGGAACCGUUGCGAGUCUUUUCCCUAGACCACGACGAAGACGCCAUCCCACCGAACGUACAGCACUUCGUACAAUUCGAUCCCAUGAACCCAAAAAUCGAAGAAACAUUGACCCAAGAUUCCCUCGAAGAAGACGAAAACGACGAAGGGAAACCCAAGUCACCCAGGCCUCGGUUGAUCCCUUUCCCAACAACAAAGUGGGAUAAGCCAACGUCCCCGCCAAUCUUGGGCUUUGUCGGUCUGCUCGGGGCUUUUUUGGCACUGGUCGUGCUCAUAACGGCAUGUUACUUCAUUGGGAAGAUUUGGGAAAUUGAACCCAUGCCGGGUUGGGGUGAAGAUGAACCCUGUCCAAUGGACGAGGAUUUGUGCGAGUUUGGAAAAGGGUCGGACGCAAUGGCCAUUAUUGAUUGCAUGCGUGGCGAAAAUGUUGACCCGCGGUGCGCAAAGAAAUCUAAGCGAUCCACGAGGAAUUACCCAAGUUCUUGAAAAUUUACAAACCUUAUCCACGCAAGUUAUUAUACGCGAUCAGUUUUAUACAUUCUUUCAUGUCAAGGCUCCAUUCCGCCUUUUUAUAGUGAUUCGAGGGUUGAAAAUAUCUGAUGUGGUCGCGAAGUGUCGAGGAUUUGAA